AUGGUGCCAGGCCAGGCCGAGCCAGGCCGCCGCCUCCCCAGUCCGCCGCCGCCGCCGCCGCCCCCGGCAGCCGCCGCCGCCGUGCGGCCCGCCCCCCGGAGCCCGGCUCUCAUAGGCUCCGCGCCGAGGCCCGGCCGCUCAUUGGCCGCCCGAGCUGCCACUCGGGAGCAGCAGGGUAGGUGGUGCCUGUCACGUGCCCAGAAUCACCUGACUCGGAGCGGUGGAGGGGGGAGGAGGAGUCACGAGGAGGGUGGCCCGGCCCGGCCGAGCCCUCUGCCCUCCACCUCAGCCCGCACCUCGGUCCUACCCAGCCACGCGCCUUGCUCCUCACCGCUCCCCUGCCUUCUUCGGACCGCCGGAGGCCAUAGCAAUGGGAGAUGCACUCCGGACAUGUGGGAGAAUUGUUCUCCUACUCCAGUUGUCGUCGCCCAACCAAUAUUUACUGAUGCCCGCGACGUCCUGGGGCACAAGGGGGACAAAACUGGAACCAACUCGGACCCUGCCUGCCCUCAAGUUGCUCGAAGAUUAAUAAAGAUCGGACCUCUACGGGCUCAGCAAGUGUCUGCUGAAUAAACCAUCCUAGUAAAUGAAGAAGGAAGGAGGAAGAAUGGAGUAAUAGAAAGAGCACUGAAAUUACAGCAGUCCGAAAACUCUGGUUUUCCUCCAGUCCUGCCCCUGCUGACCUCUGGACAAGUCCCUUCACCUCACCUGAUCAGGAUCCUCGUCCUCACCGGGGUGCACAUGGCCCGUGAUGUUUGUUUGUGCCACACGCCAGAAGUCUUCAUAUAUUUUGCUCAUGAAUCUCCAUAAAAAUUUUGAAAAAGCUAGGACCCUCUGACACAUUUUUAAGUUAAUAACUACAAUUAUUUUUCACAAGUUAAAUAGGUUCCAAGACAGAAUUUUCUGGCAUUGGCUUUAUUAGACACACGCAUUAGAUACAUUUUCAUCCAAACCUUGGAGGUAUAGAUUUAGCUUGUUCAGUUUAUGGAAAAUGUGUACCGUAUAAUCCAAUUGUCAAAGCCAGUCCUAACUGUCAAACGAAUCAGCCAAACCAGAAUCAUUUUCUGUCUGUAAGAAAAUCAACUUUCAUUUUUAAAAAUUUCUAGAAAUGAGUUCAUUUGCAUCCCCAUGACAACCAGCUCAGGUCUCAAUUCUAAUUUUAUAAUACGGAGCUAAAGAGCCGCGGCACUUAGGUGCAAAGUGGAGUGCCAUAAUGCUUAAGAACACAAAUUCUAGAGGAAAGAGGCUGGAGUUCAAAUCCUGAUUUUGCCACUUAAUAGCCCCAUGACCUUGGGCAACUUAUUAAACCUCUGGGUGCCUUGGGAACCUUAUCUGUAAAAGGAAGAUAACAAGUAUCUACUUUAUAGAUCUGAUAUGAGUUUAUUACCUGUAAAACCCUUACAAGAGCAGCUGGCACAUAAUUAGCAUUAAACAAGUAUUUUUUUUUUAAAUAAAUACUAAGAGUCUGUUGUAAGGUACCGACCCUUCAGUUUAUUUUAGCUAAUCUCUCUCUGCUUGCUAUCUCCCAGGAACAAGGCAUUCUCCAACUGUCCUUUUGGUUUUUAUAUUUCCAAGCGAUGCACCACAGAAAGAUUCAGAGCGGCUCUAGUAAAGCCAGGGAGAAAACAAGGAAAGCAGAGUUGAAAAGGAGACCUGAAAACAAUGCAGACAAGCAGAUUGCUUUUAGGAAAGAGUACCUGUGGAAUAUGAGGAUCUGGAAACUGAUUCCCUUCUAGCUCUCCACGUCCACGUACCCCUAGUUCCAGAGCCACUGGCAUAUCCCACACACUCCCUGGGCGCAUUCAGAGCUUGGUGUAACCCCUGGUGCCCCAUCUACAAUUCCAUCUCUUUCUCUUUUACGUAAGAAAGCACAAAGGAUUGCAAGUUAGGAGACAGCGUAUCCUGAACUUGCUCCAGGUUAUACAAAUGUAAAUGAUCCAUACAUUUCAGGACUUUUAUUGGGAAGCACAGAUUCACUGUAACCCAGCGUAUAGAUGAGGGCAGAGCGCCAGGAGAUCAGGACAUGGGACAGGUCAGAAGGCCCUUCAUGAACCCCUAAUCCAAGUCCUACAAAGGAAGGCUCCUUUCCUCAGACAAGUAGAGACCCAUUGGGCCUGGGACCUUGGUGUCAUCUCCUCCGCUCCCGUGCAUCAGCCACACUUCUGAAAUACAAAUCAGAUGGUGGCCUCCCUUUCCUAAUCUCCAAUAGUUACCCGAUGCCCUGGGUAUAAAAUCUAAGUUCCGUAACAAGGCACAUAAGGGCCUCGAGACCUGAGCCCCCCUUUGUUAUCCACCGUCAUUUCUUGCUUUCCUCCAUACACACCCUACACUCCAGCCCCACAGAGCCCCUAGCAAUUCCAGCUUCCACCCUCCAUUAGGCCUUUUCAUGAGCAUCGCCCUCUGCCAGAAUAUCUUCCCCCCUCAAUUUGUUCUCCUGGUGACGUCCUAACACACUCUUCAAGACUCUGACCUAAACACCUUGUCUGCAAAGCCUUGUCGAGCAUCUACCAUGUGGAUGCACUGGACACAGUGGGGAACAAAGCAGACAUGAUA